AUGCUCGUCCAGCAGAUAUCACAACUGCCCACUGCACCACCACCACGACUACCGUCAGACAACAUACACAUUCGUGUCAACGAUCAAGCACCACCUUCAGUACUCCAGCUCGGCAAAGACCACUGGUCAGCCUCGCAAUCCGAAGCUCAAUCCAAAACACCAUCAACCACCCACUCAAGAGAUCCCUCCCCCCACCCAUCCACAGCCCGUACAAGCACCACCAGCCGCUCCAAGCCGAAACCGAAGCCCAUCACACCCUCCGUCCAAAUCCGCCCCGCCACCCCUAGCGACGCCGAGCAAAUCCGCACCAUCGGCGCCACCGUCUUCAGCGACACCUUCGGCUUCUCCAUCCCUCCCGCCGAUCUCUCCGCCUACAUCACCAGCAGCUACGCCCUCCCCGCCAUCCGCGCCGAGCUCGCCUCCUUGUCGCAUCACUUCGUCGUCGCUCACCCCCCACACGACCCGACCCACAUCCUCGGCUUCGCCCAACUGACCGAGCACACCAGCGAGCCGUGCUUAUCGCACCUGCCCCCAGGUUCCUAUUCCGAGCUGCAGCGCCUGUACGUCAACGCUGAGAGCCACGGCAAGGGCGUGGGCAAGGCGCUGGUGUGGGCGAUUGAGGAUCUAGCGCGCGAGAAGGGGUACCGCUACAUGUGGCUGGGGGUGUGGGAGGGGAAUUUCGUCGCGCAGACCGUCUACGAGCGCGCGGGAUACGGGCGGGUUGGGGAGCAUGAGUUUACGAUGGGGAGGUGCGUGCAGAUUGAUUGGAUCAUGGUGAAGGAGCUGUGA